GCGGGUACCAACACAUACAUGUACUACCGUACUUGGUCGACAUGGUUAAACUUAACUAGACUGCACUGACACGCAGUAGACUCGUUGCAAAAUGGAAGAGCUCAAUAGAUUUUACUGUGCGGUUUUCGCUCUUUUUAUAAUAUUCCUUACUUCUGAAAAUAAAUUUGUCACCGGAUACUCAGAUUUUGAGUAUGACUAUGUGACCUGUGGAUCGAUCGUCAAACUCCUCAACACAAGACACAAUGUGAGGCUACACUCCCAUGACAUACGAUAUGGGUCAGGCAGUGGGCAACAGUCGGUGACAGGAGUUGAAGCAGCUGCAGACAAAAAUAGUUAUUGGCAGGUCAGAGGUCAACAGACUGAGCCUUGCACCAGAGGUACACCGGUGAAGUGUGGCAGUACAAUCCGGCUGAUGCACGUCGACACCAGAAAGAACCUCCACAGUCACCAUUUCUCCUCGCCGCUCUCGCACAACCAGGAGGUCAGUGGCUUUGGCGAGGAUGGGGUUGGAGAUGACGGUGACAACUGGGUAGUCACCUGCUCAUCAACCCACUGGAAAAGGAACGAACCUGUCAGAUUCAAGCAUGUCGUUACCAACAGCUACCUGACUGUGUCUGGUGACGUGUACGGCCGGCCCAUCCACGGCCAGCGGGAGAUCUGCACAGUGCCCAACGCCAACCAGUCCAACCAGUGGAAGGCCAUGGAGGGCGUUUACAUCAAACCGACGGAGACCAACGGGCGUGACUGACUAGACGGGGAGAAAGAACUCCACGACGAGUUAUGAUGAUUGUCAAAAUUAAUUUGGGGAAGGCAUUUCCAUGGAAAGUUAGCUGUUGAAAAAUGGGAUCUUGGUGUGUGUCUGUAAACAAAAUAAUUGAUUAACAUAUCAAAGCGUACAUAUCUCCACUGUUUACAAAGUUGGUUCUUUUGCUUCACAUUCUGUGUAGCACUAGUAUGUUCAUUGCAAUGGAGUGCAAACUUUCCAUGGAAUUGUCACACUGGGAUUAUCUUAGAAUUUAAUUUCUAGUUUCUCACUCCACAAUCUGGAACACAAGAGAUUAGGGCAUUUAUGUUUCAAAAAUUUGUUGCAAAACCAGGUUGACAUUGUUUGAAUAUUAUACAGAGCCUCCAAGUAUACAACUUGACAAUGCAUAGCUUGUUGCAUAAAUAUGAGCGAGUUAGUCAUCAAAACUGAUGCAGAUUUUGAUGGUAAAGUAAUGUUUACACGCUAUUGUUUGUGAUUUUUUUUUCUGUACUGUGAUACGGGAGUCGCUCAAAGCCUUAAGAUUGGUUGUUCAACAGAGCCAUUGCAUAUGUGUUUUCACUUAUGUACAAAGGACAUUGAAGAGGGGGUUGUUUAUUGCCUGGCAAGGGCAGGUGCGUGUACAUGCAACAGUAUCUGACUAUGCUCUCCAGUGUCAUUACAUUGCACACGUUGUUGAAAGUUCAGAAUACACACUGCACACUACUAUUUUACUAUUACAUGUUACUGUUUCAUAGUGGCAAAAUUGGGCUAGCUACUGUUGUCAAAAAAAGGAAUCGUUUCCCAGAUCAAAAUGUUACAUGUAAUUGUAUCCGUGGCCUGUUCAUAUUUGAAUUGGUAGGUAUCAUCUGAAUAUUUUUCUUCUUUUUUUUUUCUUUAUAUUUGAUAAGCACUCAGUAUCAUUAUUAUUAAAACAGAUUUUUGUUUUGUUUUUGACAAUCUAACGGUAACAUAUGCUCCCAUAAGAUCAUUGUACGCUUACUCUUUUUGCCAAACUUCUGUCUGUCAGUAGACUCCAGAGUUCUAAAUAUUAUCUUGACUUUUGACUUGACUUUUGCACCUGUAAAGUUGAGGGUAAAAUAACACAGAAAUUUGUAGCUGACAUCAAUGUUAACUUCUCAGAAUGCCAAACAUGUGUUUUCUUUCUUUCCUUUUUAACACCUGUUGUUUUCACUUUUAUUUUUCACCUUUGGUGGCUCUGCUGAGUUUUGCAUUUGUGAGUUUUGUUUCUGUAGUGUAAACUCCAAAGUAAAUUGUUUUUCCAGUUUUUAAAACAAAAGGGGAAAUAGAUGUGUUACCUUUGUUGAAA